AUGACUCCAAAAAAAAAAUUUCAUAGCUUUCAUAUGAAUGAUAAUGAAAUUUUGAGUCCUACUAAAAAAGGCAUAAAGUUAGAUGUAAGCAAAUUAAAUAUUUUGAAUUUUCCAAUAAUUUCAAAAAACGAAGAGAAAAAAAGAAUAGAUAAAAAUAAUAUAUCUGAUUAUAAUAAAAUAAGAAAAAGUACACAAGACUUUUACGUCGAAGUACAAGAACCCAAUGACAAUACUAAAAUUACAACUAACAGUGAUAGUUCUAGCAGUAGUAGUAGUAGUACUAAUACUAGCACAGUUAUAAAAAAAAAAAAAAAAAAAGAAAAAUAUAAUUUUGACGAAUCGUCUUCCUCUGUAUAUACCUCCUCCUUCUGCUCUUCCUCCUCUUCUGCUUUUUCUUCCGAUUCUUUGCAAAGCAAUUUAUUGAAAAGUUACAGUAAUACAUCAAACAAGGGAGAGACAAAAUUGAUAACAGAAAAUAGUGAUAAUAGAAUAUACGAUAAUAUGAGGAGAUCUCCAAGAAUACUAAACGCAAAUCAAUAUAAUAGAACAGUAAAGAAUGACAAUAAGGAUAAGAAUGCACAAUUGGUAACAGAAAAAAAAAAAAUGUACCCAAAAAGAAACAAAGACCAUAACAACAACCAUAAUAACGAUAAACGUAUUUCAGCUAGCACAAUAAAGGAUAAAAAAAAUAAUAAUAACACUACAAACAAUGUAAAAAUUUCAAAAAAUGAAGAAAAGAAAGCAUCUAUCAGGUCUCGCUCGAGUGUAUUAGCAAAGCGAAAAAGUGAUAGUCUUUUCAAAGGAUCAGAGGAACAUCAACCCAACGGGAAAAGGACAAAAAUGGGCACCAAUCAUAUCAGUGAUACUAACAAUUAUGAUAGAAACAAUAAUAAUAGUAAUAAUAACAGGAGUGGUCCAAAUAAACAAGUAACAACCGAAAAGACGAACAGAAAUUCAAAUGAAAGCAGAGGAAAAAACAAGGAAUUUUCGGAAGAAGAAGUAACAAAAUUGAUUAGUCGCUAUUCCAUUACAGUGGUAGAAGAAAACAGCUGUGAGUAUCAAGACGGCAUAAUAUAUGAAAGUAUAGUCAUAAAUAAGGUGCAGUAUUCAAUAUGUGAUGAUGUUAUGAUAUUUUGUGCAAACAAAGAUGAGAAGAAAAAAAAUACAAAAAGCUACAUAUUGAAAAAAGGGAAAAUUUCAGGUUUUUAUAAAAAUCUCACAAGUAAAAACCUGCAAGUCGAAAUAUGCCUAUACUACGAUAUGUAUGAUGAUAUAUAUAUAAAAGAAUUGGAAAAAAUACAAAAAUCAAGAAGGAGUAAAGGAUAUUUUGAAGAAUUUCUAGAUGAGAAAACAAGGGAUAUUUACCUAUUAGGAAAUGUAGAAUUUAAAAUAGUAGAUGCAAAUUUAAUUUUUAAAAAGGUACAUGUAUAUAAUGAAAAAAACUUUUUUGAAAAAGCACUUUUAUCAAAUCAAGGGAAAGACAAGUUUUUGUGUACCCAUUAUUUAAAAGAACGAGAAGAUAAGUUAUGUGAGAUACAAAAUGAAGAUCAUUGGGAUAAUUUAGUACUUGGGUCGAGUGAUUUAUAUUACUACUUUUCAAAUAAUAAAAAAAGUAGUACUAAAAAUAAAUCGCUUAAACUUAUAAUAGACAAGUUAAAAAUUAAUGAAAUGUUUGAAUUAGGUGAAAAUAAAAAAGGAGGUACACCUAAAAAAUCUAGCACAACUACACAUGCUAAGACUAAAUAUUAUGAAAGCAAAAUUGAUAGUAAGGCAAAAACUACUACUCAUACUAAUGGAAAGAAGAAGGAUCUUACUGCUGAUUUCAAGAACUUAAUAAAACAAGACCAAGAAAAUUAUUACAUCAAUCUGUUAAGUAAUAUAAAAGAUCCUACUGAUAAAGCAAUUAGAAUGAUGCAGUUAGAUGUUGUCCCAAAAUAUUUACCAUGCAGAGAAAAAGAAAUAAAAGAAGUCCAUGAAUUUCUGGAAUCUGGUAUAAAACAAGAAGGUAGUAAUCAAAUAUUAUAUAUAAGUGGUAUGCCAGGUACUGGAAAAACAGCUACAGUAUAUAGUGUAAUUCAGUUAUUACAAAAUAAAAGCAAACAAAAAUAUUUACCUCCAUUUAAUGUAUUCGAAAUCAACGGAAUGAAUGUUGUACAUCCAAAUGCAGCAUAUCAAGUAUUUUAUAAACAACUAUUUAAUAAGAAACCACCGAAUGCUUUAAAUUCAUUUAAAAUUAUUGAUAGAUUAUUUAACAGGAAUCAGAAAGAUAAUCGAAAUGUUUCUAUUUUAAUUAUUGAUGAAAUAGAUUACUUAAUUACUAAAACACAAAAGGUACUUUUUACUCUUUUCGACUGGCCUACAAAAGUAAAUAGUAAACUUGUGCUAAUAGCUAUUUCAAAUACCAUGGAUUUACCUGAACGCUUAAUACCGAGGUGCAGAUCCCGUUUAGCUUUUGGUCGCUUAGUCUUUAGUCCAUAUAAAGGAGAUGAAAUUGAAAAAAUUAUAAAAGAGAGAUUGGAAAACUGUAAAGAAAUAAUCGAUCAUACAGCCAUCCAAUUAUGUGCAAGAAAAGUAGCAAAUGUUUCAGGGGAUAUUAGAAAAGCAUUACAAAUAUGUAGAAAAGCUUUUGAAAAUAAACGAGGUCAAAAAAUUGUACCAAGAGAUAUUACAGAAGCAACCAACCAGUUAUUCGAUUCACCAUUAACUCAUGCAAUUAAUUAUUUACCUUGGGCUUUUAAAACAUUCCUUACUUGUAUUAUUAUAGAAUUAAGAAUGCUAAAUGAGUUUAUCAUACCAUAUAAAAAGGUUGUUAACAGAUACAAAGUAAUGAUCGAAACUAGUGGAAAAUAUAUAGGCAUGUGCAGUGAUAACGAGUUAUUUAAAAUCAUGCUAGACAAACUUGUAAAAAUGGGCAUCUUACUAAUUAGACCAUAUAUACCUUUAGAAAAUUUAAACAAAAAUAAAUCUAAAGAAUCACUACUAGGUUUUAAUGAAUCAUCCAAAAAAACAGCUGAAAAUAAAUCUUCAAAAACGCAGGUUAACGCAGAAAUUGAUAAAGAAUCGGGGGAUAUGGGAUUAGAACUUAAUGUCGAAACGCAGUUAAUCAUUACAGCACUUAUGAAAGACUCCGAGUGUUCCAAGAAGUUAAAUUUUUACUAA